AUGGGAGGAAGCAUGAUGAGCGGGAAGAGCCUGCUGCUGAAGGUAAUCUUGCUGGGGGAUGGUGGUGUGGGCAAGUCCUCCUUGAUGAACCGCUACGUCACGGACCGCUUUGACUCCCAGUCCUUUCACACCAUCGGUGUGGAGUUCCUCAACCGGGACCUGGAGGUGGACGGGCGCCUGGUCACUCUCCAGAUCUGGGACACAGCGGGCCAGGAGCGAUUCAAGUCCCUGCGCACGCCCUUCUACCGAGGCGCCGACUGCUGCCUGCUCACAUUUGCUGUGAACGACCUGCAGAGCUUCCAGAACCUCGGCUGCUGGAAGAAGGAGUUCAUGUACUACUCGGACGUUAAAGACCCCGAGCGGUUCCCUUUUGUGGUGCUUGGCAAUAAGAUAGACAUGGAUCAGAGGGAGGUGGGGGAGGACGAAGCACGGGCCUGGUGUGAGGAGAACGGAUGCUGUCCUUACUUUGAGACCAGUGCUAAGGAUGACACUAAUGUCACUGCUGCAUUUGAGGCAGCUGUCAGAGAGGUUCUGGCUGCCGAGGACCAGAUUGACCACGCGCUACUGAGUAGUACUAUUGAUCUCCAUGGCAACCGCAAAACCUCUCGCGCGUCUUGCUGCUGAUAGGUCAGGUGUGAAUCCACCUUGUCUUAACCUCUCUGGCUGAAACUUGCCCGAGGCAGUUUGAGAGCCCGACAUAGUAUAUUGUUUAUGGUACACAUGCUGUAGGUACAAGGUACUGAGUACAGUAUCCACUAAAGAUAAUAUGGAUAAGAUACAGCUGCUCUGAGGAGAGCGGAGUCGAGGAUUUCAGCUGGUGUCUAAAUUGUUGAAUUGUGGCUCAAACCAAGGUACAGGCACACUGCACUCAUCCUUUGUACUGUCUGCUUUCAGUAGUGUUGCACAAGGACAUUUCUUACCCAGCUUUAGCUUUGUCCGCCUAUGCAGGGCUUUUUAUGAAAGAGUGCUUUCAAAGCAUUUAUUUUAAUCAAAAUCAUUUUAAUUUUAAUUAACACACUGGAAGAGAGGAGAUACCAGUCCUCUACUGAAGAGCACACUCUACAACUGCUCAACUAUCUGUCCACGAGCUAAUUUUACAUGGUUUUGGAGGACUGACUACAACGUCGCCUUCUCUUUUUAUAAGAUUUGUUGGCAGUUGCUGGGGAGCUAAUGGAUAUUCUGUGACUGUCAGUGACAGUGUUGCCAAUCCUUGCAGAUAUUGUGGUUGAGAACUCCAGACAUCAGUAUGAUGACCAGAAUGAUUUGAGGUACGAGGAAGUUUGAUGAUUGCUGCGCUCAAAAGAUACAGUAGAUGAACUUGUUUGCCUUCAAUGGGAAGGGAAUUGGGGUUUUGCUGCUCAGAGUAACAGCAUCAGGUACGGAUGAUGUCUCUAAUUCAUUUGAUUUGCUCUUAAUAUGCUCUUAUUCAUUUUGAUUAUUAGAUCUAUGACUGCACUACUGUGUUAAGGGGUCGACCAAUAGUUUUUGUCAGGGCCUUUACUGAUUAUUAGUGAUCAAGAAACCAUUACUGAAACUGCAACAAAUAUACAUUUGCUGUAAGAACAAAAAACUUGGUGUCAAAAUUUAGAACAGCACAAAUGCCUACACAAAACUACUUCUAUAUAAAGUCUGUGGACACCUGCUUUGGUGGGCAGGAGUUUUUUAUUAUUUUCUCCCAAUGCAUUUAUAUGAUAAAAGGGGGAUCAUGUUGCUGUUCCAGACUUUCCGUCUGUCCACUUAAAACAGUUUCUAAUAAACAGUAGCUCGGAUGUCUCUUAAACCAAAUUGACCUGCACGUAUCAAAGUUUCUUCUCGUAUCAUUAAAGGUUUAUUCAAGGUUCUGAUGAUGUCACUUGUAAUUAACGACUCUGCCUCUUCCACAUGGAUGCGCGCAUAACCGGAUAAGAUAAACCAGGGUUGACUGAGUGUUGAUAUCCAGCUUCAUAGUACAGGUUAUCAGUGUGAUCUUAUCUAUAAAAAUAACCUAUCCUGGGUAUGUUGACCUCGCUUUGUAGUACAGGCCCCUGGUAGACUAAAGGUGUUUUUGAAUUUAAUAGUUUUACAGACAUGAACUCCGGAAAAUGUAUGGACCCAGUUUUCCAGAUAUUUUCCGCAGUUUACCGUUCACACAUUGCGAACGCAGCAGGAGAUUGUCCGAGUCAGACUCGUUCACACCAACAGGAGCAUUUCUAGAACAUUCUGUGGCAUCUGGGUAGAUCAUGCAGGAGGCAAGACAUGAUGAUACUGUAACUCCGCCGUGGAAAGCAAUGAUUUUUUUUUACAGUCAUCAACACGGCCCCUCACUCACAGUUAACUCUCUGGAGAUUCUCCUGCUGUAUUCUCACAGUCAAAUUUCCAGAUAUUUGAUUACAAUUUCAGGAAGGGGUCCAGACCUCAGUGCUAUGUUCUUCAUGACAGUGGCUAAUUACUUGAUCUACAUUUAAACCUACUCUAGCUUUUCUCAAGCACUCAUAGCUCUCUCCAUCUUUUAGCCAUAUUCUCGCUAAUUCCACAGUUAUUACACGCUGUUCACAUCUGCUAGUUGCUUAGCGAUGGCUCCCUCUCAACCCACAUCAACAAAUUAACUUGUUCAUAAGAUUGAGACUCCUGCGAUAUCUGCUGCCUUAACCUGCGACGAACAGCUCUGCCCGGUCACAGGAGCUGCUCUUGUCUUUAUGCUCCUCUGUGUGCAUAGUAGCUUUCAGUGUCCAUAGUUUACCUGUGACGUGUAAACGAUCAGUGUUGUGGGCGGGAUAUUGAUCGAGACCAGUGUGUUGACUGUAGACGAGAAGUGGCAGCUGCAUCAGGACCAAAGUAGCACAUUUUAAAAUCAAUUAUUAAUUAGAUAAAGAAAUAAUAAUACUGAUAAUUGUAAAAAAAAAAAAAAAAAGACAAAAAGAAAAGCUGAAUACCUUAUCGUAUAAUCGUCCAGUUCGGUAAUCGGUCGACCCCUAUACUGUGUAGCUGCAGGUAACAGGCGUACGAGUCAGGCGUCAGAUCAUAUUUAUUUCCCGUGAUCUAUGUAAAUGGACUGAAUUAGUAAAUCUCAACGUUCAGAAAUAAUACUGCUGUUGUUAAUAAACUGCUGUUUAGUGUUUCUGAGAAGCACAUUUCCAUCCAUUUUUUUUUUUUUAUGUAUGAAAUUUACAUUUGACUUCUGUGUUUGAUCAGGAGCUGAAUACAGUUGGGUGCCGUGAUAUACAGAUGAGGAUAUGAUUAUUAGACUUAACUUUAACUUCCAUCAUCAUGGCAUGUUUGUAAUACCGAGUGUCUGCCUUGUGGCAGGAUUAACAUUCCAGUCCUUUAGCCUUGCUGAUAUAUUACACACACCUUGUGCUGUCAGUCUGGUCACUCGAGUUCUCAGCUGAAUGUGCAUGAGCACAAGGAUAGAGUUCGUCACUUCUCAUGUGUGCAUCACCUCUCCUGUCCAUUCAUACGGCAUUGUGUGAAACUGACAUUAUUAUUCUCACGUUUACUUGUGUUCAUCUGGACAGUCCUUUACCUUUGUCUCAGUGUUCUUAAGUACAGGUUUACUUGCCACAGGUGCAUUUGGAUUUGUCUCUUUUAGCUGCUGUUGUCCAAAGGGCAGUGUUAUUAACCUGUGUGGUUUAAGAAAAUAAUAUGCCUGCUACUCAAUUUUUUUCAAACUGAGUUUAACAUGGUUACAAUAGAUCCGUAUCAGUAUUUCAGUUGCUGCUUGUAUAGCAUUUUAUAUUGUGUCUUCUCGAACAACCAAAGCUGUUGCCUAAAUAAGGAAAACAUUUUUUUUUAAUGUUCUCAUAUCUUUUUUUCUGUUGUGUUGAUGGUCUUGUCUUUUCUCAGCCCAAUUUAUUUUUUGGCUUUCAAGUCAAAAGUUUCAUCAUAUUUCAGUACGCAAGCCGACUAAUGGUGAAAAUGACAAUAGUUUCACUGUGAAAAUGAACUUUGGGUACUCGCAUAUUUCUGGACCUUUGUUCUAAUGUAGGUAAUUAAUUUGUGUCUGUGAUCAUUUUUAGGAUUUAUUAGAUGUCUUUGAGCAGUGGUACUCACAGCUUCAGAGAACCUUCAUUAACUGUGAAUUGAUUUGGACAUUUUAACCAAAAGGAGCCGUUGGCUUAUGUCCAUUCAAAGCAAAAAGCAGGGCUGAAGCUUAAGUUUAUCAUUUGUCAGUGUUAAUGUUUUCUGGGUCUCCUUACUGUACCAUUUCAGUAAAUGACCUGUUCAGAUAAUGUAGCCUAUGCCACAGUGUUUACCUGUAACAUACCUGAGUAACGAGUGUCUUUAUGAGCUGGUAGCAGAACUCUGCAGUAUGUUGCUCUCAUGUUUCUGUCUCUUAUAUCACUGCAACCCAGUCUAAUGUCAGUUUUUUUUUUAUGUUGCUGUAAUAUUUAUGAAUGGAAAAUGAAUUUCUUUGGGUUGUCCAUAUUAAUGGCUUAUGUAAAUAGCAAAGGGCAUUCAUUUUAUAAUUAUGUACAAAUGACAGUGAACGUCUGUUUCACUGUCCAUGCUCAUCCCACGAGUGCGAUUUCAGCUUUGUGAAAGUUACUGUUCAUCCUGAUUGUGUUGAACUAAUGGGCGACUUCCCUUCCUCCUCUUUUUGCACUACGGAGGAUGAGACUGGCUGUGCCAACAUGCUGGCAAAGCGUUGAAUACCCUCCAGUGCUUGGCUACAAAUAAAACAUGCGGCAUACCAAAAGGAAA